CCUCGCCGCCCGCCGCGGGCAGCGCUGGACGGCGGAGCGCGGGCAGGCGGCGGCGGCGCGGGACCCGGCGGGGGAUGGGGGCCGCCCCUCCCCGCCACGAUGCUGCUGGGCAGGAAGCCGGAGGCGCCCCUCGGUGCAGCUAGGUUUGGAGACGGAUUGUAUGACUCCUAUAUGAGGAUAGAUCAGAUUAGGUACCAAGAAUCUACAAAUGAAGAACACAGCGCCUCAGGACUUCCUUCCCUUGGAAGAUCUAAUGUUUCUAGCAACAAACUUGCAGUGAAGGAACACCUCUUGUCUGGAAGUCAAGUGGUCAAAGUGGAGCAGUUAUUUGAGGACUCUGGCAACAGAAGGAGUAGCACUCUUCAGUCUGCAGGAAUUACUGGUUCAGAAAGAUCUCUUCCUUCCCUGAUAAAAGAUAAAAGUAUAGAGGGCAUAAGCACUUCCAAAGGUGGAGUUAGUUCUUCAAAGGCACAUAAAGCCAUUUCCCAAGCUCCAGAGCAGGCUGUCAAACAGUACAAACAUCAGUUAUCUGCUUAUGAGCAGCAAGAGAUAUUUAAUUUUUCUGAAAUUUACUUUGUGGGUCCAGCUGCAAAGAAGAGACAAGGGGUAAUCGGGGGCCCCAACAAUGGGGGUUACGAUGAUGACCAGGGCAGCUACAUUCACGUGCCCCAUGACCAUCUUGCUUACCGGUAUGAAGUGCUCAAAAUCAUUGGCAAGGGCAGCUUUGGACAAGUUGCUAAAGUCUACGAUCACAAGCUCCACCAACACUUAGCCUUAAAGAUGGUUCGCAAUGAGAAGAGAUUCCAUCGCCAGGCAGCAGAGGAAAUACGGAUCCUGGAGCAUCUGAAGAAGCAGGAUAAGACAGGCAGUAUGAAUGUUAUUCACAUGCUGGAGAGCUUCACCUUUCGGAACCACAUCUGUAUGACCUUUGAACUCUUGAGUAUGAACCUGUAUGAACUGAUUAAAAGGAAUAAGUUUCAGGGCUUCAGUAUCCAACUGGUACGCAAGUUUGCUCACUCUAUACUGCAGUGUUUGGAUGCCCUAUACAGAAACAAAAUCAUACACUGUGACUUGAAGCCAGAAAACAUCCUCCUAAAACAGCAAGGGAGGAGUGGAAUCAAGGUGAUAGAUUUUGGGUCCAGCUGUUUUGAGCACCAAAGAGUCUACACAUAUAUUCAGUCUCGAUUUUAUCGGGCGCCAGAGGUAAUUCUGGGGAGCCGCUAUGGGAUGCCCAUAGACAUGUGGAGUUUUGGCUGUAUUCUGGUGGAGUUACUGACUGGAUACCCUCUUUUUCCUGGAGAGGAUGAGGGAGACCAACUGGCUUGUAUGAUGGAACUUCUUGGAAUGCCACCUCAGAAGCUUUUGGAUCAAUCCAAGCGAGCCAAGAACUUCAUCAACUCGAAGGGUCACCCUCGCUACUGCACGGUAACCACGCAGGCGGACGGCAGAGUGACCCUGAGCGGGAGCCGCUCGCGCCGGGGCAAGGCGCGGGGAGCCCCAGGAAACAAGGACUGGGUGACAGCACUGAAGGGCUGUGAUGACCCCUUGUUUAUAGAAUUCUUAAAGGAAUGCCUCAGCUGGGAUCCCUCCUCACGCAUGACCCCGAGUCAGGCUUUAAGGCAUCCUUGGAUUUGUAAACGAACGCCCAAGCCGCCCGGCACUGACAAAGCCUCCAAUAAACGGAUCUCGAGCUACACGAGUUCCUUCCCGGGAAUAAGUUCCAAGUUGCCUCCUGUCGUUGGAGUGGCCAACAAGCUGAGGGCUAAUUUAGCAUCCGACUCCAAUGGCAGCAUCCCUCUGUGUACUGUGCUCCCCAAACUGGUCAGCUAAUAGAGAAUUUCCAGAGUACAUACCGUGUAUUUUAGUUGUUAAUAUUGUGUAAGGAAGUUAAACGCUGAGGUUUUUAAUGGAUAUACUUUUUGUUAGAGGAUAAAUCUUGACUAUCAAAAGUUCAGUCAGUGUCCCCAUUUAAAGGGCUAACUUUUACCUGACUGUUUCACUCACAACAUGGUGCAUACAACAUGAUGGGGUUGGUCAGCUCAGCUGAUGGGUCAGAUGGAAGUUGCCAGAUGUGCUGUCUAAUAACACUGGUUUAGGAAUGAAAGUAUUUCUUAUCAGGACGGUUUAACAGAUUCUUUUGCUUAAGACAGCAAGAGAAGUUGAUUUAAAAUACAUAUUUUCAGUUCAUCUCCAACUGAAGUGUUUUUAUUCUGGGGAGAGUUUUUACACCUCUUGUCCAAAGCACAAGUGUGUUAAUGGAAUGCGUCAGGAACUCACUUGCAAAUUGCUAACUUUGAUUUGAAGAGUUUUAAUUCUCUGCACUGCUUUCCCCUUAUCUAUCCUAACUGAGAUUUUAAAAAACAUUAUGGGAUGUAGACAUCAAAGAAAUUUGGUGUUGAAAUUUUAUCAUCUGAAUACCCCUUUUUUUUUGUUUCCAAAGGAACAUAGAAAUGCCAGGAGAUACAGGUUAUAGCUGAGCUAAACUGCCAACUUCUGUACACUUGCUACUUCCCUCAGAAGUCUGUGGAAAGCUGGUAGAGGAAAUCAAGGUCAGGAGUUUGUUCAGGGCUAAUGAAUCAAUUCUAUGUUUCUUUGGAGCUCCAAUUUAAAUCAUCAGUUUUGCCAGGUAUGUGUGCUUUUGUUUUUCCUGUGUUGUUCCCAAAACACAAAUGUUGACCUUCAAGAGCUGAUUUAUAUACAUGUUUGAGAUUCUGGUCAUUUUAAAAACAUCUUUUUUUUUUUGUGUGUGGAGGGAAUUCCAUUGAAUUCCAUGGAGCUCUUUUAUUAAAAAGCAAACAUGCCACCCCUGUCAGACACAUAAAAGUCUUUAAGGCCCAGGACUGUAACUAGAAAAUGAGGGCAGAGGGCACACCUAGUAACUGGAAGCAUGCUCUGAAAUCUAAGAGGAAUCUGUGAAAUAUCAGGAGAGACUGAUAAGCUGCAAGAACUGGUGGAUCCAAACCAAAAUAUGGGAAGAAUUGCUUUAUUUCUAAUCAUAUUUCAUCAGGUCUUUGAGAGAGAGAUGUCUCUGUUUUCUCAUUCUUGAAAUAUCUGAGCUUGUAUUUCCUCUUUCUUUAUCUUCCAAGAACAUGAAAAGGUGGUGUGACCUGUAAUGACAACAGCACAACUCGUUUGGGUUGUUACUUCUUGCAGCCAUGUGGCCUCGGUCCAUGUACAAAAACAUCUGAUCUCUUGCCAGGUGCCUGAACACAAUUUUAAAUGCAAUUUAGAGCUUUUAUGAACAGAAGGGUUUAAAUUUAAUGAGUUUUGCUGUAGCAGGUUUUCAAUGUUAAAACAAGGAGCCUCUCAGUAUACAAACAAAGGAAUUACGAGGGUGAUUUUUAAGAUAAGGUGCCCACAUGUUCAAUACAAGACCCUCCCUCUGAGCAGAUGGGACUGCAUUUUCUGCUCUGCUGUUUCAUUACAGCACUGUGAAAUGCUGGGUGGAGGCCUGUAUAAAAAGACAGAGCCAAAGCUCCAAACUUUCCAGGACUGUUUUUUAAACUGAGGUUCUCUGGUGCGUAGCUUUUCCGAGUUCUUUGCUUUUAAAAGUGUAAAUUCAAUAAGCUUAGUAAUAAUAUGAAAAUAACAGUCCAGCCUUUAUCCCUUGCAGGUACAAGUAAUACCAACAUGCAGGGGAUGGUCAUAGUUCACGACAAUGCAUGAUUGGUAUUUUUUUAUUUGGCUCAACUGAGUGGAGUUUUAUUUGAAUGGAGAAUGAGGGAAGUGGAUUUUGGGGGAAGUGGUAGAAGAUACCAUCAAUUUUUGGUAGAAUCUCUAAUAGAUGUGGCAUGUUUUCAGAAGCCAGAAAUAUCCUCCUUCCUCCUCUGCUCUUUUACUCUAUGCAUUUCCUUACAAAAUAUACCUGAUGACUGAGGAGAAAGGAGGAGCUAUAGCUUGGUAGUAAAGAUGCAGAGAAAAAGCACUUUAUAUAGAGACCUAAAAGUGAUGGUGGUUCUGGAAUCUGGCAGGUCUGGAGGCAGCUGAGUGUUGAUGUGCCCAGAGCUGUACUAACAGGUCUUCUCUUAGGAACACAGAGCAGUAUCUUGGUUCUAAACCAUUUUCAGCUGUAAAAUGCCAAAUGUAGAAUAACCAUUUUCCUGUGACUUCUGAGAACUAGUUACUGAGGUAACUUCUAAUGUGGCAGCCUCAGGUUGACAGACAGUAAUCUUGCUUAAGGCUGGUGCUGUGAAACUGCAGAUAAAGCAAGAGCAUUGCCUCUUCUCUGGGAAUAUGAUUGCUGUGACUUGACUGCACAAGAUGCCUGUUGUGAGUUAUGUUUGACUGGAUCUUGCUUUCUUGGGAUUAUUAUCUUUUAAAAUCAAGUGCAUAGUUAAUUAUCUUCCCAAUUUGGGGCUCUUGUCUGUAUAGCCAUAGUAGUUGAGAAGGAAAAGAAAGCAGCCUACUACAUUUUACUACAUUGAAAUGAACAACUUCAGAACCCAUAGAAUACAGCUGAGAUGGUUUUGCUUUGUUUCCAAUUACUAAGCUCCAUUUUCUUGACAAAACAUUUGCAUUCAGUGAAUAGUGUGGCCUAGUAUUCCCAAACUGGGAGAGCCUUCCCAAUGAGCCAGCACAUCUCGUGUCUGGGAGAGAGCUGAGGAACUGUCCUUGAAAGCACUUGGCUUGUCAGUUCCCUGUGAGUUGGUGUGAUAGCUGCCCACACCAUGUAUGAGGGUGGUUUGUAAAGGGGGUCACAGUGCUGGUGUCUGGCUUUGCUCAGAUACAGUCCCGUCCCACAUUCACACUUUCUUCUCUGAAAAGCUAAAUACUAGUGAGGUCUGGGAUUGCCAGAAGUCCAUCAUUUUCCUUAGUUAUCAUACUGCUUAGAAUACUAAAAAGUAGUUCAAAGCUAAACAUGUCUAAAUAGUUUCACAGAACAGCUUUUUUGUGUGUGGUAAGUUUUUGCUUUGCAGGUCUGCCAGCACUAGUGAAGUUCCACUGGAACUUCAGUCUCUUCUUUAGAAAGUAGCACAAAACAAAUGCAAAUUCCUUAUGUUUACAGCAAAACAGACAUCACAUUUAGAAAAGUCACUUAAACUUGUUUUUAAAACGUUGUCUAUAAUAUUUCCUGUGUUUGACUGCACUGUUACUCUCUGUAUUGUAACUAACAGGCUCUGUUUAUUGUCUGUAUUUGUAGCUGUUUGGUUUAGCAAUAUUUUUACAUAAAGGAAUGGGAAGGCAUGAGUGUCACAUCCAACAGGUACACAUUGCCUUUACACUGGGGUCCAAAUCAUAUCUGCCUGUCCCCGUGACAGGGAGAAAGGUGAUUUAGUUGGAGCUGAGUGGGCAGGGAAGUUCUUCCUGUGGGACGGACACCCGGCUGCACUCAGUGCUCUGUGGGUUUGGCUUCACUGGCACCAACUGCUGCCUGUGACUGUUUCACAGCGGAGACUUGAUUCUGGAGAUCUUCUGUGUACAAUGGAUACUCUUUACUAGAGUCUUUUGGGGUUUCUGUUCUUCCCAUCCAGCUUGAAUAGGAACUCCAGUUAUCUGGUGAAUUCAUAACAGACUAACUGGAAAGCUUUAAGGUGACUUUUGUGGAAGAGCGAGUGUGUGGCUCAGUCUGCAGUUCUUUACAGACCUGUCAGGACUUUACUGCAGGUGAAAACUUUUUAACCAACAAUUUAUCAACAGAGGUUCUUUGCAAUGGUCAUCCUCUGAAACUACCUCCAAAAUAAACCUCUUCUCCUUUUUAAAGGGAUAUCCACUGCAGGCUACAGCUCUCCUGCUCUUCUUUCUUUUUGUGUUUGAUACUAACAGCAGUUCUGGCUGUGAAACACACAGAUGAUGAUCUCAGCAGUGUCUUGCUAAUCCUGGCCGCACAAGUGAACGGCUGAUGCUGCACCCAGAGAUCUCUGCUGAAGGGACUGACCCAAAUCCCUUGCCUGCCAAAGUUUAAUGCUGUUGUGGAAGUGGAGAGCCAAAACAAUCCAGAGAGCUCUGUGGUGCUCUCUGCAGCACCCAUCGGGAGCCAAAACAAACAGUGCCCAAAGACUUGACCUCACUGAAGAGACCUGCAGCUUUCGUAUGUGUUGAGCACUGAGAGCUGUGGGUAUUUGGAGCAGGUUUGAAAGCUGGCCAUCAUGGUUUUAUCCUUAGUGCUGAUCACAGAUACCACCUGAUUAUGAUUUCUGUGUUAAUUUUAUAAGGAUUUGGGAUAAAUGUGUACCUUUCAUACUUCCCAGAAAAGAGCCUUUGUGUGUUCCAAAACACUGAUGUAUUCCUGGUUUUUAACUCCCUCUGCAACAUGUGAAAUCCUUGGGCCAUCAGGACAGUCUUGGACAGGUGAACAUUGUCCCUCUGCUCGGAGGGAGCAGAGACUUAAUCCAAACGCAGUUCUUGCAGACAGCCUGACCAGGUCAGUGAGUCUGCAUUGCUGAGACAAUAACUGUGUUCCCUAGACAUAGUGCUGUGCCUUAUUAUUUUACCAGCCUACAUCUGUCUCGGUGCAAUCAAUUUACUGUUCAGGGUUUCUUAUGUAUUGCAGAUGUUCAUACUAAAUGUCAGUGUCUGAAGAACUCACAGGUUAGCCUUUUUCUUCUAACUAUUGUGAUGAGGUGUAAUGUGGUGGAGAAUGUAUAAAGCAUUUAAGGUGCAUGUGAACGUAACUCUGUGAAGGAGCACUUGGGAAAUAAGUCAGUCUCAAACUAUGUAUCUAAAUGUAAUGAACAGAUAUUUCCUAAAGUUGUAUUUCGGUUCAUUUUUCAAAGAAAAUAAAUACAUAAAUUUUCUUUAGCAACAGACUGUGCAAAUUCCUAAAAGUCCUUGAUUUAAACAAAAAAAACAAGCAUUAAUUAUUUCCAGGUGGUGUCUCUUGCCUGGUAUUGCCAGACCCUACCUCCUGUGGCAUCCAACUAGAGAUCAGCUGAAAAUGUUCCAGCUCUGUGUGAACAGAUGAUUUCCGUGUGUCGGAGCCACACGUGAUGAUUGCUCUGUUCUCCCUGAUGGGGUUGUAAUUAGAACAUGCCCAAGUUUUGCCAUGACAUUCCUCAGUUGUCACUUUCUGAUUCAUCCCACUAGAGAGCUUUUUAAAGCCCGGAAUCCUGCUUAUCCCUAGGCUGAAAAGAGAAAAUCCAGUAACAGCCACUUAAGGAAGAUUUGCUUUUAUUAGAAACCUAUAAAUGGAUAACCUACUGUACACAAGUGGAUAUUA